UCUCUUAUGAUGUGCUGAAAAUUUUAAUAAAAUAAAAUUAAGUAAUAUGUAUAGCAACCGUGUUGAAACAAGCAAAGGGGAUGACUUUAAAACGCUGUCUAGCCUAUCAACUCUUAGAAAUUAUCUGAAUCACACCAAAAGCAAGAAGAGUUGUGACUUUAAUAAAGCUAAACAACAGAGGAAAUAAAACUUAUAUUCCCUCUAUUCCUGAAGCAGGUUCUGUGGUAAAGCAAAGAGUCAAAUCACAGAUGAAAACUGUGGAUAACAGAUGCAAGAAUCAGCUCAAUAUAUCUAAAGAUCUAGACUUUUCUGAAAUUAUCCCUCAGAAAGGAGAAAAAGUGAACGAUAAAGCCGGUAAAAUAAUUCCCACCAAGGACCAAAACAUCAAAUUCAAAAUCAGCACCCAUCUUAAGAGAAAACCACUAAAGCCUAAGCCAGGAAGAAUCGGCCCUCCCAAGUCUGCAAAGUCAGCUCUGUAUAAUCCAAAACCCAGACUGAACCUGCCGUCCAGUACAACUUUCUUCCCGACCAUCACUGAACGGAAGGAUAAUAAAUAAUAACUUACCUAUUCUCUCUUCUCUCCCUUCCUCUGCUCUCAAUGCUCUCCCGAGUCGUAGACAGCAAAUCGUCGAGAAGCAUCUCAGGAUGAAAGCUGAACAAGAAAAACUUAAUUUCAAACCCAAACAAGACACUCUCAAUGAGAUAAUCGAUGAUCUCCCUACUUCCUUCAACGGCUCAGACUUUCUCCCGCAAGACCUCUUCUGUACUAGCUUCGAUUCCCUCUGCAAAGAAAACGUAGAACUUGAAGCCAAUUUCGAAAUUUCUGAAAUCCUGAAUUCUAAUAGAAAACCAGCCAAAAAGAGAGAAAUUAAAAAGGAUGAGAUGGAUAAGACUAUUGGAAUGACUGUUAGUGCAAGCGAAAAGCAGAAGGAGAAGAUCAAAGUCAUGUUAAUAGUGUUCCAGGCUUAUUGAAUGAUGAAGAGCAAGAAUCCGUUUGAUUUUAGAAGCCUUUUGAGGAUUUGGAAGAAUAUGGAAAAGGGUCAAAAUGAGUAGGUGU